AAUAAGGCUUUAACGCAACAAAAUGUGGAAAAGGGGAAGGGUUCUGAAUACCUUCCAAAUGCACUGUACAUGUUCUGCCCUCGUCACAUCCUGACCCUUGACAUUUGCAGCUUUGGGUUUGUGGGGUGGAGGAACCGUCCAGUUUCUGUUUUCACACUGAUCACGGUCCUGAACGGUCACUGUUACAUUCAUGGUCAUUAAUACACAGUCUGCACUUCAAUGGCAUACCACACUACUGCUGUUGUUAUUGUCCCUAAAAAUAAAAUACCCACAGGAAGGAGAUGCUAAUACCAGUUAUGAUAAUGUAAGAGACCCAAAGUUUUUCAAGAUAAAAUCUUCACAGCAGCAUGGCUUUGAACUCAAUUCCACUGUACAAUACAUUUGUUCUUAAAAUGAAGAUAAUGCAUAGGUUACUCAUGCUGAAAUGUAAUCAUUAUACUGUAAUUCACUGUGCCUUUUCUCUGUGUCUCCUUCAGGAACCCUGAUUAAUGUACAGAGCCUCUAUUUCAUCUCACACUGUAGAUAUAUAAUCAUGGAAUCCUCACAGCAAAUCUAAUUCUCUAGUUUUAAACUUAUUUGCUUUAUGGCAGUGCAAACGCCAUGAAGUUCGAGAUCAGACUGAAUUUGGCAUUGCCGAGUUCGGAAACUAGUGUAUGUUUUGGACAGUAAAACAAUAUAAAUGUAUUAAAUGACAUUGUCCUGCUGAUGCAACCAAAUAUGUAUGAUAAUGACUGUUGAUUUAUUCUUACACUGAGCCAGAGAGCUAUAGAUUUAUGCCCCUUUGAACACAUUCAACCCAGGUAUAUUACCGUGUGUGUGCUGUGUGUAUACUGUGAGUGUAAUGUGUGUAUACUGUGUGUGUGCUGUGUGUAUACUGUGAGUGUAAUGUGUGUGUACUGUGAGUGUAAUGUGUGUGUACUGUGUGUGUGCUGUGUGUAUACUGUGAGUGUAAUGUGUGUGUACUGUGUGUGUGCUGUGUGUAUACUGUGAGUGUAAUGUGUGUAUACUGUGAGUGUAAUGUGUGUGUACUGUGAGUGUAAUGUGUGUAUACUGUGAGUGUAAUGCGUGUAUACUGUGAGUGUAAUGUGUGUAUACUGUGAGUGUAAUGUGUGUAUACUGUGAGUGUAAUGUGUGUAUACUGUGAGUGCAAUGUGUGUGUACUGUGAGUGUAAUGUGUGUACUGUGAGUGCAAUGUGUGUGUACUGUGAGUGCAAUGUGUGUGUACUGUGAGUGUAAUGUGUGUGUACUGUGAGUGUUAAGUGUGUGUAUUGUGAGUCCACUGAUCUGCAUCUUGUCUUUGUCCCAGGUGCCCGUGGCUGGCAGUGACAGUGUCAACCUACGUACCACCAUGCAGUGCCAUCCUGUUCUUCCUUGUCUUGGCCAACUUCACCAUGGCAACCUUUAUGGAUGCAGGCGUUCUCCCCAUGGGCUCAAAAUGGCCAGAAACAAAGCCCUGGACUGGAGACCCUCUCUGCAUGCCCAGGACUGGGGACCCUCGCUGCAGGCACAGGACUCACCAGGCUGGGGAGACCAACUGGAGGCCUCGUCCGUGGAGCAGGCACAGGAUGAACAAGCUAAUGAGGACGAGGACAAGGACAAUGACCUCCGCGCUCCGCUCUACAAGAAUGUGGAUGUGAAGGGUGUCCAGGUCAGGCUGAAGUGGUGUGCCUCCUGCCACUUUUACAGACCUCCACGAUGCUCCCACUGCAGUGUCUGUGACCACUGUGUAGAGGACUUUGACCACCACUGUCCCUGGGUGAACAACUGUAUCGGGAGGCGGAACUACCGCUACUUCUUCCUGUUUCUGCUGUCACUCACGAUGCACAUGGUGGGCGUGUUCUCCGGUGGCCUGCUCUACAUUCUACACCAUCAGGAAGACCUGUUGAAGCUGCACUGUACUGUCACCUUGGUGGUGAUAAGUGUAUCAGGCCUGUUCUUCAUUCCUGUCCUGGGCCUCACAGGGUUCCACCUCUAUCUGGUAUCUAGGGGCCGAACCACCAAUGAACAGGUUACUGGGAAGUUUCAAGGAGGGGUCAACCCUUUCACUCUAGGUUGCUGUGGCAACUUGGAGUAUCUCAUAUGUAGUCCCAUCUCUCCAAAGUAUACAGCGAGGCCCAUUAAGAAAUCAGCAGUUCGCAUCAUGCCUCCUUUCCUGAAACCAGAGACUGACAGACAGAUCCCAAUUAUUAGGGUCAGGGAUAACGGUGUCCAGCGUCAUGAUCUCCAAAGUAAGCGCCCGUCUGCUGACGGAAUGGACGAGCCAGAUAUUAAACGCCUGAACACCCCACCCCCACUGCACCCCAAACCAGACCCCAACCUGCUGAAGAGCCACCUAGCCGCCCUAGAGGUUCCAGAGAGUAGUCUUCAUCCCAAACCAUUGAGCCCUCCCCCUGGGCAGAUCCUGCAGCAGCUCAGGCCAGCACCGCAGUCCCCCACCAAGCCAACACCCCCCUUAUCUGUCCAACAGGUGGCACCAGAGCAACAGGGGGGCAGCAGUAGAGGUCAUUACUUGUCAUCAGAACCCAUCCUGGCCAGAGUGGACCAGCAGCUAGCCUUCCAGUCGGGUCCCAUGUCCUCUCCACACCAGCUCAACUCUCUCACCCUUAACUCCCGCUUCCUCACCCAUAAACACGCCUAUAGACAUGGAAACAAGUUGCCGGUCUUGCACUCAGAGGGUCUGAUCUCCCACCAGGUGUCUCCGGGCGGGUUCCCCCCUCACAACCCCCUGUCCAGCCGCAGCAGCUUCUCCUACAGCAACCUGGUGAACCCAGGUGACCCUAACUACCUGCCCCAGCGAGGGGGACCGCCACUUCACUACCACCCCCAAUUCUUGACCCUGGGCCUCGAUGGCAGUGUGCUGCAGGGGUCCCCUUCACAUGCCUACAGCCCCGUGUUCAUGGGGGUCAGCAGACAAUCUCCACAGACAAGGGACACUUUACCCAGGGACCCCUCUCUAUGGGACUUCACCCCUCAGGCCCUGAUGCACAGGGACCUCUCCCCACAGACCUUGAUCCAUCGGGAGGCCUCUCCGAUCCGCUACGAUAACCUCUCCAAGUCCAUCAUGGCCUCCAUUAAGGAGCGGCAGGAGAUGGAGGCGAAGGACAGGAUGCUGCGGAUGCAGGCCAGGUCCCAGGCCCUAUAUGGCUGCCCAGACAUGGGGGUCUACGACAUCCCCAGCAGACGCAGCCUCCCUGCAGACAGCAUGCGCCCCCCGGGUUCCCGCGCCCCCACCCCGCCCUCAUACGGCUCCAGGGAGUUCAUGAUGAGCACAGAUAUUUUGGGGUACGCAGGUACGAGGUCGCCCCUCUCCAGCGCCUCAUCAUCCUCUCUGACCCGAGCCCCCAGGACUUCCAGCUCCCCACUGCAGAGCAACAGUAGCCUACAGAGUAAUGGUCGUUCACCCUCCCCAUCUUACCUCCCCCCAGACUGGCAGGCCAAGCCCUCACCCUCCUCCUCCACCCUUCCCCACACCUCCUCCUCUUCCUCUGCCCCAUGCGUCCCCCCAAAACGCCCCUCACUCAUAUGCUCCAUGGAGGGCAAGGACUCAGCACCCCUGGCUCUAUCCAAGUAGGAAACACUAAGUCUUCUUGAGGGUGUAUGCAGCCAGUCAGCCACACCACUCUGCAGUGUUAGCCUGUAUAUCCACAACUUCCCAGCACGGUGUAAGUGUGUCUGUGUGGGAGUCGAGAGGACAUCAAUAUGCAGUUAUGGGAAUAAUUUUGUACAGAUAUUUAUACUUGGUCCUCUUGCUAGACAAGGGUGUGUUUUGAAUAAAGACCAAGUGUUAACCAACACCAUAUGCAGAUAUCUGAUUCUCAGGACAGUGGCCAAUUGGCAGACAGUUGUGCCUCCUCAUGUAGUCAAAGGAACCAAUAAGCUCAAAUAGAACAGAGUUCAGAAUACUUAUCUUUGAUUAUUGAUAUACAGUACCAGUCAAAAGUUUGGACACACCUACUCAUUCAAGUGUUUUUCUUUAUUUUGACUAUUUUCUACAUUGUAGAAUAAUAGUGAAGACAUCGAAACUAUGAAAUAACACAUAUGCAAUCAUGUAGUAACCAAAAAAGUGUUAAACAAAUAUCUUUUAUAUUUGAGAUUCUUCAAAGUAGUCACCCUUUGCCUUGAUGACAGCUUUGCAGACUCUUGGCAUUCUCUCAACCAGCUUCAUGAGGUAGUCAUGUCACGUCCUGACCUUAGUUCCUUUUUUAUGUCUCUAUUUUGGUUUGGUCAGGCCGUGAGUUGGGGUGGGCAUUCUAGGUUUUGUUCUAGGUUUUGUACUUCUAUGUGUUUGGCCUGGUAUGGUUCCCAAUCAUCGUUGUCUCUGAUUGAGAACCAUACUUAGUUAGCCUGUUCCCACCUGUGUUGGUGGGUAGUUGUUUCCUGUUUUGUGUUGUUUCACCUGACAGGACUGUUUCGUUUCUUACAUUCUCGUUGUUAUUUUUGUUUCGUGUUCUGUUAUAUUAAAAUAUUAACAUGGUUCAUUUGUGGAAUUUCUUUCCUUCAUAAUGUGUUUGAGCCAAUUAGUUGUGUUGUGACAAGGGGUGGUAUAUAGAAGAUAGCCCUAUUUGGUAAAAUACCAAGUCCAUAUUAUGGCAAGAACAGCUCAAAUAAGCAAAGAGAAAUGACAGUCCAUCAUUACUUUAAGACAUGAAGGUCAGUCAAUACGGAGAAUUUCAAGAACUUUGAACGUUUCUUCAACUGCAGUCGCAAAAACCAUCAAGCGCUAUGAUGAAACUGGCUCUCAUGAGGACCGCCACAGGAAAGGAAGACCCAGAGUUACCUCUGCUGCAGAGGAUUCAUUCAUUAGUGUUAACUGCACCUCAGAUUUCAGCCCAAAUAAAUGCUUCACAGAGUUCAAGUAACAGACAGAUCUCAACAUCAACUGUUCAGAGGAAACUGUGAAUCAGGCCUUCAUGGUUGAAUUUCUGCAAACAAACCACUACUAAAGGACACCAAUAAUAAGAAGAGACUUGCUUGGGCCAAGAAACCCGAGCAAUGGACAUUAGACCGGUGGAAAUCCGUCUAAUUUGGUCUGAUUUUUGGAUCCAACCGUCGUGUCUUUGUGAGAUGCAGAGUAGGUGAACGGAUGAUCUCCGCAUGUGAGGUUCCCACCGUGAAGCAUGGAGGAGAAGUUGUGAUGGUGUGCGGGUGCUUUUCUGGUGAAUGUUUGUGUUUUAUUUAGAAUUCAAGGCACAUUUAACCAGCAUGACUACCACAGCAUUCUGCAGUGAUACGCCAUCCCAUCUUGUUUGUUUUUCAAAAAGGCAAUGAGUCAGGGCUAUUUGACCAAUAAGGAGUGACCUGGCCUCCACAAUCACCCGACCUCAACCCAGUUGAAAUGGUGUGGGAUGAGUUGGACCACAGAGUGAAGGCAAGGCAGCCAACAAGUGCUCAGCAUAUGUGGGAGCUCCUUCAAGACUGCUGGAAAAGCAUUCCUCGUGAUGCUGGUUGAGAGAAUGCCAAGAGUGUGCAAUGCUGCCAUCAAGGCAAAGGGGGGCUACUUUGAAGAAUCUCAAAUAUAAAACAUAUUCUGAUUUGUUUAACACUUUUUUGGUUACUACAUGAUUCCAUAUGUGUUAUUUCAUAAUGUUGAUGUCUUCACUAUUAUGUCGAUAGUAGUCAAAAUAAAGAAAAACCCUUGAAUGAGUAGGUGUGUCCAAACUUUUGACUGGUACUGUAUGUGUUUGGUAUAUGUGUUUUGAAAUAUGUGUUUUGAUAUAUGUGUUUUGAUAAUGCAUUUGAGAAAUAAUGUCAUGUGAUGAUGAUGAGACAUUAUUUUAUUUUGUGUCUGUUGAAGUCAUGCUUUAUUAAUAUUUUGUAGUUGUUUUGACAAAUAAAAAAGUGACUGUUUUGUU